AUGCAAGGGAAAUCUCAAAGAGAACUAGAUAGUUUAUUGGAUCUUAAUUCAUCUUUUAUUAUUAAAUCUACAAAUUAAGUUAUAUUUAAUGGAUUUACUUUUAAAACCUAAUACUACGAUAACAGUUUUUGCUUGAAAGAAGUGAGGAAUGUAUAUAUUAUCUAAAUUAAGUAAUAUAAUGCCGAAAUAUAUAAAUAGAGAUCUGAAUCAUUUCAAUGUUUGUUAUUAUUGUAAUAAUGA